UUCGGGGUACUACGUAUCUUCCCGCUAUGAAUAUUGGGCUUCAAAGAGGUACACUUCAACAAGAAACAAUGGUAGGAGUUGGUAGCCGAAUCACAUAACUUUGGUUGGACUAUGCAGAGCUGUGAUAUUCCUGGACCGAGUAGUGCUCCAGAUACAAGUGAAUUAGGUGGCGGGAGUAUAGUUCGAUAUCGCCCUACUCAAGUGGAGUCAUUUACGGAAAGGUGUAACGAUUUUGAAGAAAACCCCGUAUUAACUCAGCUCACACAAAUUGUGAGCAAUAAUGAUGUAGCUAAUGAUCACUCCGAUGAGUCAGAUAGUGAUAUCCCAUUAGAUCACACAGAAACAGACGAUGAUCACUCAUCUGAUGAUGAUGGUCAUUCUUAUGAAGACAUUACUGCUCGAAGUGAUGGUAACGUUAGCUACCAUUCUAAUGCGAUUCCAUAUUUGGAUAACACAGAAGAAGGCCCGGAUGAUUUUGCCUUCAUGAGAGAUGACGGUCCAGUUCGAUGCACUUUGGGAUUGUAUGUUAUUUCAGAACAAGCAGGAAAUGAAAGGCGCAGUGAGACAAUAUUGUCUCAAAGAAAAGAAAGAGUUCAUUUGUGA